AACGAGUCGAGAGAAGAACGCGCUUGUUGUCGGUUGGACUCGAGCGGUCUUCAUCCCGUUUCACAACUGGUCGCUGGUAUCGAAUCGCCACCAUGACAUCCAGCGGUGUGAUAGUCGUUCUGGCCCUUGUGGUGGUCCUCACUCAUGGUGUCCGGCUGUCUUUCGUGCGCUGCCCCAACGGAACUGCCUGCCCGGACGGCAGCACCUGCUGCCUGCGGAGCAGCGGACUUUACGGCUGCUGCCCGUACCCGUUCGCUGUGUGCUGCAGCGACCACCAGCACUGCUGCCCGGAGGGCUACCAGUGCAACCUGUCCAACGGCAGCUGCGUCCAGAUCAGCACAUCCGUCAAGGAGAUCCAGACGCUGCUGACCGCCAUGGUCCUCUCACCGCAGACCAGCGUCAACUAUAAAGCGAUCGAGACGGUGCAGUGUCCCGACAGAAAGUACUGCCAAGACGGCCAGACCUGCUGUCUUCUCUCGGGAGGCCGGUACGGCUGUUGUCCGUACCCACACGCCGUGUGCUGCAGCGACCACGCGUCCUGCUGUCCGGAGGGCUUCAAGUGCAAGGUGUCCGCUCACACUUGUAUCGCCGGCAACUCAACGGUUCCCAUGCUGGAGAAAGUCAACACGGUCGAUGACAACCCUCCGGAAAAUUCGGUUCCUGUCGAUAAGAUCCAGUGUCCCGAUAAAAAUUACUGCCAAGACGGCCAGACCUGCUGUCUUCUCUCGGGAGGCCGGUACGGCUGUUGUCCGUACCCCCACGCCGUGUGCUGCAGCGACCACGCGUCCUGCUGUCCGGAGGGCUACCAGUGCAAGGUGUCCACUCACACUUGUACCGCCGGCAACUCAACGGUUCCCAUGCUGGAGAAAGUCAGCACGAUCGAUGACAGCCCUACAGAAAAUCCGGCUCCCGUCCAGCUCGUCCCGUGUCCUGACGGCACGAGCUGUCCCAGCGACAUGGUCUGCUGCUUGGCCUUCCCCGGAGUUUACGGUUGCUGUCUGGGAGCCGACUCGGUCUGCUGUCCGUUGCGGGGGUACUGCUGCCACCACGGAUACAAGUGUGGUCCCGACGACGGCUGCGUGACCGACAACACGACGCUGCCUGCGAUAAAGAAGAUCAUCGUGCCCGGCAUCGAACUGCGUCCACUGACGGCGCCUGAGGCGCAGUGCCCCGAAUAUAGGAUACGCCUCAAAAAAUGGCAUGCCGCUGAGAUAUUGAGACAAAAGAACGAGGUAAUUUCCACGGGAAAGAUGCAAGGGCGCAUGAUGCAAGCUUCUCAGCCUACGAUGCUCGAACAGCUUAUGCGUUAUACGACAGAAACUGCGAAGGUAUGGUGA